GAGUACUACGAGAACUUCCUGGAGGACAAGGCGCUCAUGAUCGCCAUGGAGUACGCCCCAGGGGGCACGCUAGCAGAGUUUAUCCAUAAGCGCUGUAACUCCUUGCUGGAUGAGGAUACCAUCCUGCACUUCUUCGUGCAGAUCCUCCUGGCUCUCCACCACGUGCACACCAAGCAGAUCCUGCACCGUGACCUGAAGACUCAGAACAUCCUCUUGGACAAACAUCGCAUGAUUGUCAAGAUCGGAGACUUUGGCAUCUCCAAAAUCUUGAGCAGCAAGAGUAAAGCCUACACAGUUGUGGGAACUCCAUGCUACAUCUCCCCAGAACUCUGUGAAGGGAAGCCUUACAACCAGAAGAGUGAUAUUUGGGCUUUGGGCUGUGUGCUGUAUGAGCUCGCCAGCCUCAAGAGGGCUUUCGAAGCUGCGAAUCUUCCUGCCUUAGUGUUGAAGAUCAUGAGCGGGACAUUUGCCCCAAUAUCGGACAGAUACAGCCCUGACCUGCGCCAGCUCAUCCUCAGCAUGCUGAACCUGGAUCCUUCCAAGAGGCCCCAGCUGAACGAGAUCAUGGCCCAGGCCAUCUGCAUUCGGCCCCUUCUGAACCUCUACACUGACGUGGGCAGCGUCAAAAUGAGAAGGCCUGAAAAACCCUUGGCUCCGGUGCCAACAGUGACCCACAGCCGGACAGGAGGGCGAGUGAGCAGUGCCAGGCCAAGAGGCAUUCGAAGUGGUUCAGCCAGGACAGGAAUCCCUCCUCCGCUUUCAUCCAUCUACACCUGGGGGAGCGGGAUCACCACCCCGCUCCGCCUGCCCAUGCUCAACACUGAAGUGGUGCAGGUGUCUGCUGGCAGGACGCAGAAGGCUGGGGUCACCAAAUCAGGGCGGCUCAUCAUGUGGGAGGUGAGUGGGAAGUCCCGCGAGGGGAACCUGGGGCAGCUCCAGCCUCAGUUUGUGUCUCGCUUUCUGGAAGGCCAGUCUGGCGUGACCAUCAAACACGUGUCCUGCGGUGAUCUCUUCACAGCUUGCCUCACAGACAGGGGGAUAAUAAUGACUUUCGGCAGCGGCAGCAAUGGCUGUUUGGGGCACGGAAACUUCACGGACGUAAGCCAGCCCAAGAUCGUGGAGGCCCUGCUGGGCUACGAGAUGGUGCAGGUGGCCUGUGGCGCGUCUCACGUCCUGGCAGUUUCAAAUGAACGGGAAGUGUUUGCCUGGGGCAGGGGGGAUAAUGGUAAGNNNNGGCUGGGUACCCUGGAGUGCCACAACUGCCCCCAGCAGGUCUCAGUCCCGCUGGAGCACGAGGCUCAGAGGGUCAUCUGCGGCAUUGAUUCCUCCAUGGUCCUCACAGUGAAGAACCAGAUUCUUGCUUGUGGGAGCAACAGGUGUAACAAGCUUGGCCUAGAUCAGAUCAGCUCAGCAGAGGAACCUGCCCCAGAGGACCAGGUGGAAGAGGCCACCAUGUUCAUGUGUGCCCGGUCGGCCCCCUUAAACCAGGAGCCAAUUGUGUGCGCUGACAUCGGUACAGUGCACUCGGCUGCAGUCACAGCUUCUGGCCAGUGCUACACCUUUGGGAGCAACCAGCACGGGCAACUGGGCACCAACAGCCGCGUGCCUCACCUGGUUGUGGGUCUGCAGGCAAUGAAGGUCGCAGUGGUGGCUUGUGGGGAUGCCUUCACUGUGGCCAUAGGAGCAGACGGCGAGGUGUGCACAUGGGGGAAAGGAGCCAGGGGACGCCUGGGCAGGAAGGACGAGGAAACAGGAGUGCCGGGGCUGGUGCAGCUGGAGCUGCUGUGGAAGAGCCGCCUUCCCAGUGAGUUUGAGUUGAGAGGGGCCGCAUCCAGCCUCGUCAUGCAGACGGUCCUCAGCUGUGCUCUGAAGGCGGGAGUGCCUGUGUAA